GGAGGAAAGCGAAGAGCCGUCUGAUGCUGCAUAGAAACGAACAGCGCAACCUGCGGGCGGACAGUGACGCCGUGCGGCCGCAUCCGCGAAGGACGCAGCGCAGCGCAGCGCGACCAGCCGCGGAGACGUUUCUGUUUUUUUCCGCUCCCGUUAUUAUCGCCACAGCGGCUCGAUCCGACACAGCGCCACAAUGGAGACCAAACCGGUCAUCACCUGCCUUAAAACGCUGCUUAUAGUCUACUCCUUCGUGUUCUGGAUAACGGGAGCCAUCCUGCUGGCAGUGGGAGUCUGGGGGAAGUUGAUGCUGGGUCCGUACAUCUCCCUCAUCGCCGACAACUCCACCAACGCACCGUACGUCCUCAUCGGCACCGGGACUGUCAUCAUCGUUUUCGGCCUGUUUGGAUGCUUCGCCACCUGCAGAGGAAGCCCAUGGAUGCUGAAGCUGUACGCCAUGUUUCUCUCGCUGGUCUUCCUUGCGGAGCUUGUGGCGGGGAUCUCUGGAUUUGUGUUUCGUCAUGAGAUAAAGGGAACCUUUCGCAGGACUUACACCGAUGCAGUCCUGAACUACAAUGUUAAGGAUGAGGCGAGCCGUGCUGUUGACUACUUGCAGAACAAUCUGCGUUGCUGUGGAGUUUAUAACUACACCAACUGGUUUGGCAGCGUGUUUUACCCCUCCAACGGUAUCCCUGCCAGCUGCUGCUUUAACUCCUCUGAUUGUAACCCAGACGAUCUCCGCAACGCAACCGUAGCGCCAAGCAAGGUCUACCACCAGGGCUGCUUUGACUUGGUCACUUCAUUCAUGGAAACCAACAUGGCCAUCAUUGCUGGCGUGACGUUUGGGAUCGCCUUCUCACAGCUGAUUGGCAUGUUGCUGGCCUGCUGUCUGUCCAGGAUCAUCACAGCUAAUCAAUAUGAGAUGGUCUAGCUGAUGUGACGUGGCAGGGAGAUGGAGAGAAGAAAAGACAAAGUGUCUUGUCGCAGGACUGAAAUGAAUUCCCAAAACUCCCAUCACACACCUGCAUCGGAAGCUGCCUCCGUCCGUCUCUCUGCCUGUGACCUCGGUGUAAAAUCUUUAUGUAACUUAUUGUAAAGCACCAUUCCUCGACUUGCUGCAGUUGCAUCAAAGCUUUCUGUACCAUGCACCACAUCGACAACGCUUGAUGUAAAAGUUGCUCAUUGGCAGUUUGUGUUUUUUUGUUGUUGUUUUUUUUGUUCUCUGAUCGGUGCGGCCCACAGAGGGCAGGGGGAGCAGAUUGGAGAGCCUCAGAAGGACAUCACUUAGAAACCUGAAAGUAACCCUUCCAUUGGUAGGUUUAGUUUUUCCAUUUGUCGUUGCUCAUCACUGUGUUCCCGUAGGGGUUGUAGUCUGCUGUUACAUGAUUAUGUGCACUAAGGAGGAGAGGUCAUGUUGCUAAAGGAGGCAAAAGGGAAAAAACUGCUGUAGAGUAUUUUUGAACCACGAUAAUGAAAAAUAUUUUUUUGCCCAUAGUCUAUGGAAUUUAGAAAGCCAAAUAAGUGAACAAAUUUGAUUUCUUACUUUUUAAUUCUCACUGUGAAACAAGAAAAUGCGUUUUGAGGCAUAAGAUGGGUAAAAAGGAACUAAUAUUUAAGCUAUUUAAUCAGCUUUACAUGUAAAAAUGAUUUAAUCAGAGUUUGAAGAGCCCAUCAAACCGAAUGUUGACGCUGGACAUAACCCAGGGAACCUUUAUUUAGUGGUAUCAUGAAAGUCACAUUAAAACACCCCCCGCUAUUCGUAUGAUUCAAAGAAACAGAAGAGAAAAAUGUCUUUCUGGUUAUUUUUGUUCAUCCUUCCGGACUUGAUCCAAACCGACCCGGUUAAACACAAUAACUUACACCUGCCAUUAAAAUCUGGCACGCUAAAUUCUUGCAGUCUUGGAUAAAGUUGUGACCAGGUCUCUUCAGACUCUGAAUGAAUUUUGCGACUCAGCCGUCUUUCUGUUUUCGAUACCGUUGUCGCCUUGCGCAGGCACCUGCGCAGGC